UUAAACGGUGUGCUAGCCCUCGCUGCUAUUUCCAGGCCGAACCGGAGCGACGCGCACCUGUCCUCGGCAGACGAGGCGGCGCGGGAGGCCGAGGUGCGGGAGUACUUCGACGACGCGGCGCCCAAGCGCCACACCAAGCCCUCCCGCAGCGAGCACUCCGCCGUGUACACCGACGCGCUCGUCCCGGACAGCUCCCACCCGGAGCUCGACAAGUUCCAAGAGCUCGAAGCCCACACCGAGAGACUGGUCUACGAGGGCGGCAAGGUAGGGGAGGAGUUCGUGGAGACGGAAUACUACAAGGAUCUCGGCGGCGUCGGCAAGCAGCAUCACACGACCGGAACGGGAUUCAUUAGGAUGGACAGAGACAAGGGCGCCUCGUUCAAGCUGUCCGAAGACCCCGACGCAGCGGAGCGCCAUGCUUCUUGCAAGGGGAACCCUGCUACCAACGAGUGGAUCCCGUCGGCUGACACGGUGUACCCGGCGUCAGACAAGCCGAGCAGAAGCGACAGCUGAGCAGGAGAGGAUUCGGACAUGUGCUUCCACCAGCAAAAUAAGAAACCACAUUGCUAUUCACGGAUAUUAAUGAUGUCCUGUAUCUUAUUACUCUGCAUCGAAAUGCCUGUAAUCUUGAAUUUCUAAAGAGAUCGCGCUUCGCGUUAGAUUUCUUUGUUCUGGCUGACUGGCUGUGAAUGGCAGGAAAUAAAGUUUUAACCAUGGUUUAGAGGUGAA